AGAUGCUCUCGUAGAACAUCAAAUGUUCUGCUUUCUGCAGUUACCGUACCAUCCAAACAGUUCUGUACACAUUUCAACAAUAGAUAGGAUUACUAAUAGUGGACGGUUAUAUCAGUAUUAUUCCGCAGAGAUGACGGCAGAAGUUAUUGAUUUUACUAAAAGAAAUUUAGAAGAAGCAAUGAAUCAUAAUGAACGACGAUUAUUGUUUCGGCGAAGUCGUAGUGAACCAAUGACAUUGACUAAUGAAAAUAUCACAAUGACUAGUAGAACGGAUCCGGAAUGGAAUAUGACAGUCGAUUCAAUAUCAAUUCAAUCUUCAUUUGCUGAAUAUCAACAUCGACGUAAAGAGAGACUCAAAAAGCAAGAAGCACACAAAACGUCAGAGAUUUCUCUGUCAAGUGGACCAUCUGAACUUGCAAUGAAAGGGCACACAGAUUUUGAUGCAGCAAUUGAAUUUUUGGACAAUAAAAUGCCAUCAACUUUAUCUUUAACCGAUAGUGAUAAUAGUCAUUCUUCAAACGAUAUCACCUCUAGUCAAGCAAAAGAAAUUAGUUAUGAAGAUGAAAUGAGACUUUUUAUUGAAAAAACUGGGCAUCUUGUGACAAAUGUGUUUGCGGAUCCAUUUGACUCUGAUGAACGGAAGAGUAGAACAGAGAUGUGGGUUGAAGCAUCAACUGAAAAUUUGGCUGAGGGUGGAACAACUAGCGAUGAUGUACCAACAGAAAAAGAGUUGGAACUGGACAUGGAAAACAAUGAUAUACUGGCAGAGAGUGUUGUGGGAACUGGGACGGGUGAAUUGAAUGACGAAAAGGAUGAAGAAACGGUGCCUGUUGGUCUAAUACCACCAGUUGCUCGUCAGAGCACCGAAGACUCAAUAUUAUCAUCCAAUGUCACGGUGAACAGUCUAUUGAAAUCAAAACUUACAAUCAACCUGAAAGAAGCAUCAGAGGCACUAAGUGAAAUUGAUAUUGCGGAUGUUGACAGAUUUUGGGAUUAUUUAUACGAAAAAGAUGAUAUCCAGAAAUUUUCGGAUGAAUUGAUUUAUCCCAUUAAAAUGGAAAUUCCGUCAACUUCUAGUAGUGAAAGGUCAAUUGGAAUUGCGUUGUCUCCUAUCAAAUUGGAUUUUGCCGGAAUUCAUGUUCAGAAGACUGGGAAGAUUGAAAAGCAUAUCAAAAUGAACUCAAACGAAGAGAAAGAUCGAGAGUUAGAUGAGCCUCUGGAAAUCACAGAUCAAACUGUUGAAACCAGAUUUUUUGAGUUGGAAACUACUAAAAAUCUUGAAAAAAUUAAUAGAGGAACCACUACUUCGGAACACGGAAACAUUCUUAUUAAAACAACUGCAUCACAAACUCCAGUGUCACAAGAAGUUGUACAACUGGUCAACUACGAACCAAUUAAUUUCACGAAAGCUCAAAGCGACAGAAAUUUUGAUGAAAAGGAAAAUAUGAUCCGUGCAUUUUCUUUUAAAUUGUCUGAAAGUUUCUAUAAGGACCUUAAAAUUUUGGUAGUUGAAAGAGAUCGAGCGAAGGAAGCUAUGGACAUUUUGCCAGCAAAAACGAUGAAAGAAUUGAGCGAAGAGUGUAAUUAUUAUCAAACGCGGUACCGUGUGAGAAUCGAACAGAAUAAAGAAAAAUUAGAUCGUCGAAUUGAAGAAGUUUGGAAGAAACUCCUAAAAAUGCCGAUUGAAUCUCAAGAAGUUAUUGAUUUUAUCAGUGUAGCUCACAGUGAGCUCUUGACUUUGAAUGCCAGAAGAAACUUGCCUGACAAUAUGUGAUCAAAUUGCCUACAUGAAUAAAAUGUUGUUUGUGAAUAACCCAUUGCUAUCAACAAAUACAUAUCGAAUAUCAAAAUAGAAGAACAAAACAAAAACGACGAUGCAAAUUUUAAUUCAUGUGAUAAACCCAUUUUCUUUCGUUUAUUUUUCUUUAAAAAUGAUCUUUCAACAAGUUUAAGUUGUAUUGUGGUAAUAGUUAUGAAUUGGUUUUCAAGUUCAAUUUCAUAAAAUUUGUUAAUUUGGGCGAAUAUAA